GGAGAGGGCGGGGUCGUAGCAGAUCUCUCCGCCAAUCAGCAUCGAGCUUCCCGCGAGAAAGCCCCGGAGAGGCGGGACUUGCGGCGACAUCAGCCAAUCAGCGCCUGCCUUCCUCAGCGCUGGGAGAAGUUAGCAGUCGGUCCGCUGCCAGUCUGGUCCGAAGCCACGAUGGAUGCAACACCGUACCUUCUGUUUGUUCUCCUGCUCGGGACAAGGAUACAAGAAACUACCGCCCUCCAGUGUUACUGUGACCGCUGCAGCGCCAACUCCAGCUGCACCACAGACGGCGUCUGCUUCGUCGCCAUCCGCAAGUCGGGCAGCCGACUGACCACGGAGCAGCGCCAGUGUGUGCACGAAAACGAACUGAUCCCACGAGACAGGCCCUUCAUCUGCGCCCCAUCUGUCAAACAUGACACAGGCAUUUACCCCUUGUGCUGCACCACAGACUACUGCAACAGAGAGCCCAACCUCGAGAUCUUCCCUGUCCCCACAGUAAAGACUCCUCCUCUGGGCCCCGUGGCCCUCGCUGCAGUGAUUGCUGGUCCAGUAUGUGUGCUCUGCCUGCUGCUAGUUUUGGCAUUCUAUGUUUGCCACAGCCACCGGGGUCUAGGGGCCGGGGGCGCUGCCCAUCACCACCACCACCAUCGGGUGCCCAACGAAGAGGACCCCUCCAUGGACCAUCCCUUCAUCACUGUGGGAACAACGCUGAAGGACCUCAUCUACGACAUGACCACCUCAGGCUCUGGAUCAGGCCUGCCGUUGCUGGUCCAGAGGACGAUUGCCAGGACCAUCAUCCUCCAAGAGAGCAUUGGGAAGGGGCGUUUCGGGGAAGUGUGGCGGGGGAAAUGGCGUGGCGAGGAGGUGGCGGUGAAGAUCUUCUCCUCCCGCGAGGAGCGCUCCUGGUUCCGCGAGGCCGAGAUCUACCAGACGGUGAUGCUGAGACACGAGAACAUUCUGGGCUUCAUCGCCGCCGACAACAAAGAUAACGGGACGUGGACUCAGCUGUGGCUGGUGUCUGAUUAUCAUGAACAUGGAUCCCUCUUCGACUACCUGAACCGCUACACCGUCACUGUGGAGGGAAUGAUCAAACUGUCCCUCUCCACAGCCAGCGGCCUCGCCCACCUCCACAUGGAGAUAGUGGGAACACAAGGGAAACCUGCUAUUGCACACAGAGACCUGAAGUCAAAGAACAUCCUGGUGAAGAAGAACGGGACCUGCUGCAUCGCUGACCUGGGAUUAGCCGUCCGCCACGACUCCGCCACCGACACAAUCGACAUCGCUCCGAACCACAGAGUGGGAACCAAAAGGUACAUGGCUCCGGAGGUCCUAGACGACUCUAUAAACAUGAAACACUUUGAGUCUUUCAAGCGAGCUGACAUCUACGCCAUGGGCCUGGUGUUCUGGGAGAUCGCCAGCCGCUGCUCUAUGGGAGGUAUCCAUGAGGACUACCAGCUGCCCUACUACGACCUGGUCCAGUCGGACCCGUCGGUGGAGGAGAUGAGGAAGGUGGUUUGUGAGCAGAAGCUUCGACCCAACAUUCCCAACCGCUGGCAGAGCUGCGAGGCUCUGCGGGUGAUGGCCAAGAUCAUGAGGGAGUGUUGGUACGCCAACAGUGCCGCCAGACUCACCGCUCUCAGAAUCAAGAAAACUCUGUCUCAGCUCAGCCAACAGGAGGGAAUCAAGAUGUAGACACCAAACACACACAUACACACACUUACACACACACACACACCUACACACACCUCUGACUGGCAUCCAUAUAUUUAGCAUUACAGCAUCAUUUCCUUCAUUAUCAUUCAUCAACUGGUUGGUUGGAAGCGAAGUGAAGACUUUUUCCCCCCUUUUUUUAUUUCUCAUUUCAUUCAUUGACAAACUGAAUGGUGCACCUGAACCUGAGGAAGUGUGUGUGUGUGUGUGUGAAUGUGUAUGUGUGUGUGUGUGUGUGUGCUUCACUGAGCUCACACACACACAUGAAUGGCUGGAUGGAUCUGAUGAGGGAUUAACGGAGGCAUUACAUUGAUCUUCCUUUACUGCAUUCAUCACAUGAAGUCUCCCACUGACCCACUGGGCCAACUGGUGUCCAUCUCUCAAGACCCGCCUCCAAAACUCAACCAACCAAUUAGAAGAGCUCAGACCCCGUCAGGUAAACAGCUGGGAGGUCUCUGAGCUCCUCACCGCCUCACUGUAUGUUAGCAUUCAUUCUUCUCUUUAGUAGGGCUGCAACUGUUUCAAAUCUUUGGGAUCAUUUUGUGUCCAGACACCAAAAUUAGUUAAAAAAAACGACUCCGAGGAGUUAAACGUGGUGAUUUAAACAGCUGUUAGAUGCCAAACAGUUCAGUUUAACCUGUUUAUUUUUGAUUUUUUCCAAUCCGUGUAUCAUUCGUUCUUUUCGUUUCCAAUUGGCAAUCAAAAAGCAAAUAAUGAAAAAUUGACUGGUUAUUUUGUUAUUUGUUUUUUUAUUAUAACACAAAAAAAAUGGGGGAAAAUGCUUGUUUUUUCAUAUUUCAAUAUUAGGCUCCGAUCAAAAAUACCAAAUGGAAAAAAACAGGCACAAGAACUGAAUUUGAUUUUAAUAUUUAAUUGGUCGGGUUUACGUGACCAGGAAGUUUGUAAUGUAAUAUUUUACUGUGCAGUCUAUAUCCAAAUGCGUUUUAUUUUUAAAAAAAAUCCACAGUGAACAAUUCUGUGAAUAUCAUGCAAUUAAUCUUCUUUCAAUAUGUAUCUGAUAUUUGGGCCUGGUUGUGUAACACUUUAUUCUGAAAACUGAAAACCGCACGUAGACACAACAAAUACAUUUUCGGCGCAACGCAAUUUAAUUAUUUCACGUGGUUAAUACUUCAUGUCCUCUCUGCGGGUAAGAGUUUUAUACUUAAAAAAAGCAUUUUUUCCCGUUCUUUGUGAUAAAAUAAAAAAUCAAAUAACAAAAUAACCAGUUUUUAUAAUCUGAUAUUCCAGUGAAACGUCCUGUAAGUUUGUGAGAAGAUACCUGAGGUCCUCUAGAAUGUACCUGAAGUUGAAUUAGUGACUGGAAACAGACAUUUUAAUUUUAAUAAUUUCUUAAUAUUAUGUAAUAUUUUACUGUACAGUCUAUAUCCAAAGGCCCUAUUUAAAAAAUAAAUAAAAAAUGUGAGAAAGAAUGACAGUAAAGCGUUUAUCCUUCAUGUCAGCUCGAUUGGAGCAGUCUCAAUGAAUUUACCGUAAAUAUCACAAUACGGGCGCAUUACAUUAUAUAUUAUUCUAUAGUGACGGCUCACUUGACCGCAGUCAAACUUCUGUGACACGUAAACCCGACCAAUUAAAUACUAAAAUCAAAUUAAUUCCUGGUGCCCGUUUUUCUAUUACAUAUUUUUGAUCUGAGCCUAAUAUUGAAAUAUGCAAAAAACAAGCAUUUUUUUCCCGUUUUGUGUUAUAAUAAAAUAACAAAAUAACCAGUUUUUAUAAUCUGAUAUUCCACAGUGAAUCGUCCUGUAAGUUUGUGAGAAGAUACCUGAGGUCCUCUAGAAUUUCGUAUUUUUGACCUGAGCCUAAUAUUGAAAUAUGCAAAAAAACAAGCAUUUUUCCCGUUUUUUUGUGUUAUAAUAAAAUAACAAAAUAACCAGUUUUUAUAAACUGAUAUUCUACAGUGAAACGUCGUGUAAGUUUGUGAAAAGAUACCUGAGGUACCACAAAAUAACCAAUAAGUCAAUUUUUUCAUUAUUUGAUGUUUGAUUGCCAAAUUGAAAAUGAAAAGAACGAAUGACACACAGAUUCUUUCCCGUUUGGAGAAACCCUGUCACGUGCAUCAACGAGAAUUAAAAUAUAUUUAUUAGAAGUGAAGUUGCAGCCCUACUGCUGAGUCCUGUUCCAGUAGCAUUAGGAAGUGGAGCUUGGACCUGGGGCCGCCCUGUGGGCUCCACACAAACAAAAAGUGGCUUCAUCAGUUCUUCAUCUAGUCGACUUGUGAGCAGAAUCAGUUGUGCACCUGUUUUUUUUUGUUUUGUUUUGUUUCUUUUCAUUUGUUCCUCCCUCUGGGAGUCGCACAGGUCAGUUUAAUUUAUUGUGUUUUUAAACGUUUUUUUUCUGGUAGCAGGGGAUCCUUUUUGCAUAACUAAAAAAAAAAAAAACUGGACAUGAUGACCUCAUUCAUUUUUUUGGCAAAAACAUGCUGCAACAUAUGCAAUAUACAGUAGAUAAAUGUGUCUAUUUUCUAUACUCUGCUCUGCUAAAACCACAAACAAACAAACAAGCAAGAACAACAACAACAAUCAGCUGCCACCAUGCCUUCCAAGCCAGCUGUUACCGGAAAGUGCCAGCUUUAACAACCCAACUCCUCUCAUGUCGGCUGCUGUGGAAGUCUUUGCUCUCACGUGUUCGCAGCUCCGUGCGCCUGCAGUGUCAGAUAAAAGGCCCGUGGGAGCCAGCUCGUACUAUGCACACCCAAGAAGUCAAAAGGGACGGAAAGCGAGGAGGGACACGCGCCGCCGUCACUGUACCCACAACGCAGCCGACUCUCUGGUGCCAUUUUGUCAAACACCCCAAAAACCACCUCAGCAACAAGUCAUCGUACAGCUUUUUUCCUCCCAGCGGAGUCUGGAAACCUGCUCCAGCACCUCGAAACUGUGUUUGAAAUUGGAAAAGAAGACGCCGCGAAAAAGCUCCCGUGGCUUUUAGAAAGAGAGAAAAAAAAAAAAGACACAAAAAGACUUUGUAAGCAUUACUGAUGUUGCCCUAUAAAUGUAAAACUCUUGGAUUUCUGAUUUUUCUUUUCAUUGAUCAAACCUUUUCAAGCGUUUUCUUCUUUGUAGGAUAAUCGACAACCACAAUGAGGUACGUUCAUUUAAAUAUAGCAAACGGAGAUUUACUAAGCCAUAGAUUUUCCAGGUUGUUUAUAUUUUUUUUUUCUUCUUUUUUUUCUUUUUUUUUUUUUUCCUCUCGUGGCAAGGCCUUUUUCUACUAGAAUGUACAUUUACGAAAAACAAAAAGGUGAAAAAAAAUGUGCGUUUCAAUAUGUCAUUUCAGCUUUGCAAGCCUUAAGGGACCAAUACAUAAGAGUCAGGAUCAGCUCUUAUUUUUUAUAUUUCUUUUCCUUUCUUUCUCUCUCUCUCUCUAUAUAUAUAUAUACAUAUAUAUAUAUGUAUAUAUGAUAGAGACCGUUUCAUUAUUAUUCUAUGUAAAUGACAAAGAUUAUAUGUAGCACCUGAUUUAAUAGUUUGUUUCAGUUUGUUUUUCGUGUCUGUCCUGUUGUCCAGAUUGCCGAACAUCUAAACCCAUUCAGUGUUACUUACAGUUAGCUUGUGUCUGCACUUGUCUUUUAGUACACAAGUGGAAAAACCCCCCCAGUGUUAAUCAGUCAAUAAUGAACACAGCCAGUGAAUUGGAGCUGCCAUACAGUGAUUUGAGUCUCUUGAUUGUUGAGCAAUAAGUGCACUUGUGAACCACUACAGGCUUUACCUGUGCGGCACUCUGGAUGCCAGUGAGUCAGUCCGUUUUCUUUGUGGAUUCAUAUAAUGUAUUGAUGUGCUGCUACUUAGUAGUCCACCUUGCUCUCUCCGAGUGGAGGCGAGAGCUGCCGUUGGAUGUAAGUCUGAUCAUUGUGUGCCAUGUUGCUUUGAUACGAAUCCAUCAUAAUCGUCCUCUGCAGCAAACUCUGCUGCAAAGAUCAUCAGUUCAGUCAGAACGAACGGUGACAGGCUAUGGAUAAAACACACUCGUAGUAACUGUUAAAAAAAACAAAACACAUGGAUGGAUGUCACAAACCUACAGGUAAUGUAAAUAAUUACUAAUGAGAUAAAAAGAAAAACAUUCUCUGCAGCUCUUCUCAGGCAGAAGAAGCUCAGUGUUUGUUACCUCUCAGAAUUUAUGAGUUUAUGGUUUCUUUCAGUCAGCUAAAAUCGGUUUUCUUCAAUUUUUAAAUGAAUCGCAGCAACACUGAAAUACAACACGAACCAGAAAUCCUUUGAGAUGACAGUUGUUGUUGUUGUUGUCAUAUCACUUUGUGCAGUUAACACACAAUAUGACAAACCGGUUAAACAUGUCCGGGUCCAUGUUAGCUGGAGCCGACCGUUGUUCCAGAGCUACCAUAUCACAUGGUCUUCAUCGGGAGCAGAGGGUUUCUGCUGAUGGAGAGUUGGAUUACAGUAGUGAAGUGACACUCAGUGCGUUUACAUGCACAGUUGAAUCGAGAUAUGCUUAAAAAAUGAUUUGGCGUCUAAUCAGACUUCUGUCCUUGUCCCAGUUUACAUGCAACUGAGAUAAUAGAAUAACUGACGGGAACGUGUCCUCCUCCUCAACACUGGGUGGAGAUAUGCGUCGUUUCAGCGGGUUAAUAUGGCGCCCUGUCAGGUUGACCUCAGUUUGACACUUUGUGCCGUAGCUACUGACCGGCGACCAGCUAAUGCAACCGGCUAAUGCAACCAGCUAGUGCGGCUGGCUAAUGUGCGACCGGCUAAUGCGACCAGCUAAUGGAACCGGCUAGUGCGGCCGGCUAAUGCGCGACCGGCUAAUGCGUGACCGGCUAAUGCGUGACCGGCUAAUGCGACCGGCUAAUGCGCGACUGGCUAAUGCGCGACUGGCUAAUGCGCGACUGGAUAAUGCGAUCGGCUAAUGUGCAACUAGCUAAUGUGCAACUAGCUAAUGUGCAACUGGCUAAUAUGCAACCAGCUAAUGCGACUGGCUAAUGUGACCGGCUAAUGUGCAACUGGCAAAUGUGCAACCGGCUAAUGCAACCAGCUAAUGCGACUGGCUAAUGUGCGACUGGCUAAUGUGCGACCGGAUAAUGCGAUCGGCUAAUGUGCAACUAGCUAAUGUGCAACUGGCUAAUAUGCAACCAGCUUAUUCAACUGGCUAAUGUGCGACCAGCUAAUGUGCGACCGGCUAAUGUGCAACCGGCUAUUGCGCGACCGGCUCGCAUUAUCUGUGUGUCUUAAUUGGAGUUGGGGAACUCCGACAUCAGUCGGACUAACACGUUUACAUGCACUUCAGUUGUCCAGUUAUAGUCAGAUUAAGGCAAAUAUUCGUUUUUUGUUUUUUUUCAAGCGUCAUGUAAACGUACUUAAUGAAGCUUCAUGAACCAUUUGCUUUAUUUUUUAGGCUUAAAAAAAGACUCUAACAAUGGUAAUUGAGUGUGUUUUCAGCCUUUUGUUGAACAAAGAGCGCCAUCUAGUGGGCUCAGCAAAUAAAGAAAAUGGUUCAAGAAGCUUCGUUGUCACUUCACUAGUUUAAGCCACCAACUCUACAACAAAUGAGCGGGUGGAGGUUGGGAUUGUAAAACGUGAGGACUUCCUUAAAAUCAGCACAUACAGUCGAUAAACAGGCUGAAAUAAAAACAGACAAAAAGUCUACGUGGCAUCAGUUCAUUCAGGCUAUAAUCAGAGAUUCCCUGCUCCUCCUCUAAACAAAUUAAGACUUUGGUAAAAAGAAAGAAAAGCAUAUGAGUUGUGAUGUACCCACCUGUGUAGUUCCACUGUUCGGAGUCGUUCUUAAGUGUUCUUAAAUAUGUAGAAAUGGUCAGCGGUGGCGGAAUAAGUAGGGACGUGUUAUUGUAAAUAUCUGGUGGAGUGAACAGAAGAAAGCUGUCCUGACGUUUGAAGAAAGUAAAGUGGAUAUCGCUGCUAUAUUAAAUACAAGAAGAAUGGUGACAGACUAUGCUGAAUUAAAUGUUAAAUGUGUACAAAAACAUGGCCAAACUAGUAGGGAAAGCUGGUUCCUGCCUGGGAGGACCAGGGCGAAGGAUUCAUCUGUCUAAGGGUCUGGGGGGGAAGGGGGUAAGGGGGCAGGGUUUGGGGGGCUGGCCCUGCUACGACUGGGUUUAAUGGUGUGUUUGUCCAUUAUCUCCGUCUCUGGGACAUGAAGAACAGCACCUCUGCUCUGCCUCUGCUAGGACAAGCUUCAUUCUGUCUUAAAGUCACCAGCAGCCUUGUACUUUUUCUUUUUCAAAAACCCAAGAUGACUUAACUGUAAAAAGCUGUUUGUCUCUUUUAAAGAGCUGUCUCGCUGUCUUUUUGAUUCUAUCUUGCCUAUCUCUUGUCAUUCCGUGUUUUAUUGUCCAGUGAACAGAUAUCUCCGAGCUACAAAAAGGGCCACAAUUCACUGCAGUCGUCCUGCUGCCUCAGCUCCAUUUACUCACUUUGUUUCUGUCUCAACAACAGCUUGAGUUCAACGAGUGUGUUGGAUAAAAAAAAAAAACAGCUCCACUCUCCUCAAAAGCUGUACAAAGCAAAGCAAGUGACAGAAGUACCUCACCAGUGCACAUCUGGCUAAUCGAUGAACUGGUUGUUCUAGACUCGUAGAUUGUUGGUUUCGGAAAAUUACAAAAAAAUUGUAACAAGCACUUAAAAUGAAGCCCUUAGAGACUUUUUCUCUGUCUGUUUGGUUUGUUCUCCAGUCACACAAAAGAAGGAACAUUCAACAUUCGCUCAUUUUUAAUCUGCAAAUUCUUCAUCUGAACAUCACCAAGGCCCCCCAGAAUUCAAUGGUUAAAAAUAAAAAUGUCAAAUUCUGAAGUGGACUUUUUGAAAAAAAUCCAUGCUGGAAUUUAAAAAAAUCCACAGUGGACUUUGAGACUAGAUUCUUUGCAAAAAACUUUAUAUUUCCAACAGUUCAGAACCUGACUUAUUCAAGUUAACUACAGACAGUUUGGUGAGAAAUUGUGACUCAUCACUUGAAGAUGAGCAGACACACAAUUUGGGGGAGCUUUCACUGCAAAAAAACAAGAUAAAAACACUGAAUCUGAGGGAAAUUAUCUUGCUGCAUGGACAGAUAAUUUCACUUGAUUUAAGAUUGUUAAAUCUAGAAAUUAGCAUGUUGAACAAUUAAAAAAAAGAACCCAUAAGAACCCAGACCCAGUUGUCCUUAAAGGACAUAGAACACAUUUCUGAUGUUUUUAAAAAAAAGUUAUGUGAUGUGACAUAAACGUUACAAUGGGCGUUUAUGGUAUUUAUGUUUAUAAUAUUUCUUAUUUUAAAAUUUUAAAAAAACUAGACACAUUUUCUGCUUAGAGACAAAUUUGCAUUUUUCUUUUGCAUCUCUGCAACAUUUAUCAAAAUUGUGACUUUAAUUUGUUUAGGAAAUAUGGUCAGAACAAGUUAAAUCCCUAUUAACGGAUUAGAAUUGGUAACAAAAAAUAAGCUUUUUGAAAUUAGCUACUUUUCCACAUUUCUGUUUCCAGUCACAGCCACAUUUUGGAGAAGUCACUUCACAACACCAGGGUGUUUGAAUAUACGUCGCUUAGAGAUUUAAUGAGUUAAUGUGAAGCAUAAAGCUGAAUAUGGGAGAUUCUAGAAGAUUUAAAGUGUGUACACUGGUGUCACCAUAGGUUCUUAUGGGUUAAAACAAGAUAAAUUAUGUAACACUUCUUGAUAUGAGUUGUUUUUUUCUAUCUUGGUGGGAACCAAAUAAUUUGCAGUGUUGCUACAUGUGUGACUGUUUUCAUGUUGACUUCUGUUUUAAGGCUUGUUUGGAGAACACAAACAGACCUUUCCAAUGUUGAAAUAGUUUGUACAUUUCUGAAACCACCAAUGGGACGUAGCCAGUGAACAGCAGGACCGACUGACUGACUGACUGACUGGAUGUACCAGCCUGCAGACAGCAGGUUGG